UGCCUGCAGGUGUGUGUAGUCUUUUGGGGGUUAUAUUUGGCAUUAUUGAGUUGUGUUUCUUUUCCUUUCUGCGGGAAGACAAAUUGUAAUCCCAGUGGUGAGGGAAGACAUUUGCGUAUGUAUUACUAUUUGGGCUGAAGCGUGGACCCAGCACCUUAGCCAUCUGCAGACUAGGCAGAGGGAGUGGUGACAAUAACCGUUGCUCUUCCUGGAAAUGCUGGGGCUGGAUGCCAACGCAAGAGGAUCUGUGGUUGAUCUGGUUGUCCCAGGGUUCCCUGGUUAAAAUGCCCACCCACUGCUGGCCUGGGGCUCACCAAACACAUUGAUUCUGGAAGCGGUGCCCCUUGGGGCACCCACAUGACAGGACCUACCACCAUGCGACUGAGCUCUCUGUUGGCUUUGCUGCGACCAGCACUGCCCCUCAUCCUCGGGCUGUCUCUGGGGUGCAGCCUGAGCCUCCUGCGAGUUUCCUGGAUCCAGGGUGAGGGAGAAGAGCCCUGUGUAGAUGCUGUGGGGGAGCCAGGGGGCCCACAGAAUCCAGACGCAAAAAGUCGGCUGGACCAAAGCGAUGAAGACUUCAAACCCCGGAUUGUCCCUUACUACAGGGAUCCCAACAAGCCCUACAAGAAGGUGCUCAGGACUCGCUACAUCCAGACAGAGCUGGGCUCUCGUGAGCGGUUACUAGUGGCCGUCCUGACUUCCCGGGCCACGCUUGCCACGCUGGCUGUGGCUGUUAACCGCACCGUGGCCCACCACUUCCCUCGCCUGCUCUACUUCACGGGGCAGCGGGGGGCCCGAGCUCCUGUGGGGAUGCAGGUGGUGUCCCAUGGGGACGAGCGGCCUGCCUGGCUGAUGUCAGAGACCCUGCGCCACCUUCAUACACACUUUGGGGCUGACUACGACUGGUUUUUCAUCAUGCAAGAUGAUACCUAUGUGCAGGCUCCCCGCUUGGCAGCCCUUGUGGGCCACCUCAGCAUCAACCAAGACCUGUACUUGGGCCGGGCAGAGGAGUUCAUUGGUGCAGGCGAGCAGGCUCGGUAUUGCCACGGGGGAUUUGGCUACCUGCUAUCACGGAGUCUCCUGCUUCGCUUGCGGCCUCAUCUGGAUGGCUGCCGAGGAGACAUCCUCAGUGCCCGUCCUGACGAGUGGCUUGGCCGCUGCCUCAUUGACUCUCUGGGUGUUGGCUGUGUCUCACAACACCAGGGGCAGCAGUAUCGCUCCUUUGAACUGGCCAAGAAUAGGGAUCCUGAGAAGGAGGGGAGUGUGGCUUUCCUGAAUGCCUUUGCUGUGCACCCUGUCUCCGAAGGCACCCUCAUGUACCGGCUGCACAAGCGCUUCAGUGCUCUGGAGUUGGAGCGAGCUUACAGCGAAAUAGAACAACUGCAGGCUCAGAUCCGGAACCUGACGAUGCUGACCCCUGAGGGCGAGGCAGGGCUGAGUUGGCCUGUGGGGCUCCCAGCCCCUUUCACACCACACUCCCGUUUUGAAGUGCUGGGCUGGGACUACUUCACAGAGCAGCACACCUUCUCCUGUGCAGAUGGGGCCCCAAAGUGCCCACUGCAGGGGGCCAGCAGGGCAGAUGUGGGUGACGCGGUGGACACUGCUCUGGAACAGCUCAAUCGGCGUUACCAGCCCCGCCUGCGCUUCCAGAAGCAGCGGCUGCUCAACGGCUAUCGGCGCUUUGACCCAGCGCGGGGAAUGGAGUACACCCUGGACUUGCUGUUGGAAGCUGUGACGCAGCGUGGGCACCGGCGGGCACUGGCCCGCAGGGUCAGCCUGCUGCGACCCUUGAGCCGGGUGGAAAUCCUGCCUAUGCCCUAUGUCACUGAGGCCACCCGGGUGCAGCUGGUUCUGCCGCUCCUCGUGGCCGAAGCCACUGCGGCCCUGGCUUUCCUUGAGGCCUUUGCAGCCAGUGUCCUGGAGCCCCGAGAGCACGCCUUGCUCACUUUACUGCUGGUCUAUGGGCCCCAGGAAGGUGGUCGUGGGGCCCCAGACCCCUUUCUUGGGGUGAAGGCUGCAGCGGCUGAAUUAGAGCGAAGGUACCCUGGUGCGAGGUUAGCCUGGCUGGCCGUGCGAGCCGAGGCCCCUUCCCAGGUGCGGCUCAUGGACGUGGUCUCCAAGAAGCACCCCGUGGACACGCUGUUCUUCCUCACCACCGUGUGGACGAGGCCCGGGCCUGAAGUCCUCAACCGCUGCCGCAUGAAUGCCAUCUCCGGCUGGCAGGCCUUUUUUCCAGUUCAUUUCCAGGAGUUCAACCCUGCCCUGUCACCACAGAGAUCAGCCCCGGGACCUGCUGGGGCUGGCCCUGACCCCCCAUCCCCCCCUGGUGCAGACCCUUCCCGGGGGGCUCCUGUUGGUGGCAGAUUUGACCGUCAGGCGUCUGCCGAGGGCUGCUUCUACAACGCUGACUACCUGGCGGCCCGCGCCAGGCUGGCUGGGGAACUGGCAGGCCAGGAAGAGGAGGAAGCCCUGGAGGGGCUGGAGGUGAUGGAUGUUUUCCUCCGGUUCUCAGGGCUCCACCUCUUUCGAGCCGUAGAGCCAGGGCUGGUGCAGAAGUUCUCCAUGCGGGACUGUAGCCCCCGACUGAGCGAGGAUCUCUACCACCGCUGCCGCCUCAGCAACCUGGAGGGGCUGGGGGGCCGUGCACAGCUGGCCAUGGCUCUCUUUGAGCAAGAGCAGGCCAACAGCACCUAGAACAACCUCUGCGUGUGGGCGCCCCCCCCGACCCCCCCCCUUUCCUCUGCCUUUGUCCCAGGAAGGACAAGGCAAGGUGAUGGACAGAUGAGGGCUUGCCACUGUAUUUUUUUAAAUAAGAAAAUUAUUAAAAAGUAUCUUCUGCCAAACUGUU